CGGAAGUUGACUGUAGCAGUCUAGCUUGGCCGAAUCCGUUCAUUUUGACAGCCUUUUUACUCUUCUGGAGUGUAUGGGAAUAGACGUGUAAAAUGAAGCUGAACGUAUCGUUUCCCGCAACGGGAGCCCAAAAGACGUUUGACAUCCCCUCGGAUGAUCAUAGCCUGCGUUUCUUCUUCGACAAGCGCAUGGGCGCUGAGGUCUCUGCUGAUCCUCUAGGCGAUGAAUGGAAGGGUUACGUGCUGAAGAUUGCCGGGGGCAACGACAAGCAGGGUUUCCCGAUGAAGCAGGGCGUGCUGACCAACACCCGUGUUCGUCUGCUGCUGAAGAAGGGACAUUCAUGCUAUCGUCCCCGUCGCACUGGAGAGCGUAAGCGCAAGUCGGUUCGCGGUUGCAUCGUCGAUCAGAAUCUGUCGGCUCUGGCUCUGAUCAUUGUCCGCAAGGGCGAGAAAGACAUUCCCGGACUGACCGAUACGCAUGUGCUGCGUCGGCUCGGACCGAAGCGCGCUAACAACAUCCGCAAGCUGUACAACCUGACCAAGGAGGACGAUGUGCGUCAGUUCGUGGUGAAGCGCCCGCUGGCCGCCAAGGAUGGCAAGAAGCCGCGCCACAAGGCACCGAAGAUCCAGCGCCUGAUCACGCCAGUCGUGCUGCAGCGCAAGAGACACCGUCUGCUGGUGAAGAAACGCCGUUCGGAGGCACGCCGCGAGGCCGAGGUUGAGUACGCCCGCAUCAUAACCCUGCGCCGUCGUCAGGAGCGCGUGCGCCGCCGUUCCCGCCUGUCGUCGAUGCGCGACUCGCGCAGCUCCCUAACGUCCGAGAAGGACAAGAAGGAGCUGGCGGCUGCCAAGAAGAAGGAAGCUGCCGCCAAGAAGGAGGCUUCCAAGAAGGACGGUGCUGAGCCGAAGAAGGAUGCCUCCAAGAAGGAUGCCGCCAAGAAGGAUUCCAGCAAGAAGGAUGCCGCUGCUAAGAAGGACGUCAAGAAGGAUGCUGCCGGCAAGAAGGAGGUGAAGAAGCCGGCAGCAGCAGCAGCCGGUGGCAAGAAGGAGGGCGCUAAGCCGGACGCCAAGAAGGCUGACAAGAAGUCGGCCCCGAAGACCGAGGGUAAGAAGACUGCGGCUGAGAAGAAGCCCGCCAAGGAUGCGCCCGCGGCGGCGAAGAAGGAAGCGCCGAAGCGAAAGCCUGAGGCAGCGCCCAAGGGUGAGGCUAGCGCGGCCAAGAAGGAGAAGAAACAGCAACCGCCCAAGAAGAAGUAAAAGCAGGAGCGUUGAGCGAAAAAACGGUUAUGGCACGCCGGCACUAAACUCCGAUUCUAUCUCUGAGCCUGCACCGGUGUCCUUUCCGGGUCUGCCGCCAGUAGGAGUUUUGUAAUUUAAUCGUAACUGAUAUGAAGAGAAACAAUACACAGAGGUUAAGAUAAAGGAUCGGAUAAGGUGUUCA